GGCCGGAUCUGAAACGCAGGCUGAGCGGACCUCUGUCAGCCAGUCGGUCCGCUUGUCCGGUACCCCGCGCGCCUCGGCCUUCGUCGCCGUCCCGCGGUCCCUUUGGCCCGAAGGGCGGCCGAGGCGCUCGCCAUGGCGACGUUCGUCUCAGUGCAGCUGAAGAAGACCUCGGAGGUGGACCUGGCCAAGCCGCUGGUGAAGUUCAUCCAGCAGACGUACCCGAGCGGCGGGGAGGAGCAGGCCCAGUACUGCCGCGCGGCGGAGGAGCUCAGCAAGCUGCGCCGCGCCGCGCUCGGCCGCCCGUUGGACAAGCACGAGGGCGCGCUCGAGACGCUGCUGAGAUACUAUGAUCAGAUCUGUUCCAUUGAACCCAAAUUCCCAUUUUCUGAAAACCAGAUCUGCUUGACAUUUACCUGGAAGGAUGCUUUUGAUAAAGGUUCACUUUUUGGAGGAUCUGUAAAAUUGGCUCUUGCAAGCCUAGGAUAUGAAAAGAGCUGUGUGUUGUUCAAUUGUGCAGCCUUAGCUAGCCAGAUUGCAGCGGAACAGAACCUGGAUAAUGAUGAAGGAUUGAAAAUCGCUGCUAAGCAUUAUCAGUUUGCUAGUGGUGCCUUUUUGCAUAUUAAAGAGACAGUUUUAUCUGCCUUGAAUAGAGAGCCUACUGUGGACAUAUCUCCAGAUACCGUUGGGACUCUCAGUCUUAUCAUGCUGGCACAGGCCCAAGAAGUAUUCUUUUUAAAAGCCACGAGAGAUAAAAUGAAAGAUGCUAUCAUAGCUAAAUUGGCUAAUCAGGCUGCAGAUUAUUUUGGUGAUGCUUUUAAACAGUGUCAGUACAAAGAUACUCUCCCCAAGUAUUUUUAUUUCCAGGAGGUGUUCCCUGUCUUGGCUGCAAAGCACUGUAUCAUGCAGGCCUAUGCUGAGUACCACCAGUCUAUCCUGGCAAAACAGCAGAAGAAAUUUGGAGAAGAGAUUGCAAGGUUACAGCAUGCGGCAGAAUUGAUUAAAACAGUGGCAUCUCGCUAUGAUGAAUACGUCAACGUGAAGGAAUUUUCUGACAAAAUCAACCGUGCCCUUACUGCAGCAAAGAAGGAUAAUGACUUCAUUUAUCAUGAUCGAGUUCCAGACCUUAAAGAUCUAGACCCUAUUGGCAAAGCCACACUUGUGAAAUCUACGCCAGUCAGUGUACCCAUCAGCCAGAAAUUCACCGAUCUGUUUGAGAAGAUGGUUCCUGUGUCAGUGCAGCAGUCUUUGGCUGCCUGUGGUCAGAGGAAAGCUGAUUUAGUUAACAGAUCAAUUGCUCAAAUGAGAGAAGCCACCACUUUGGCAAAUGGGGUGUUAGCUUCACUUAAUCUUCCAGCAGCAAUUGAAGAUAUAUCUGGAGAUACUGUACCUCAGUCUAUACUGACUAAGUCCACAUCUGUGAUUGAACAGGGAGGCAUCCAGACUGUUGAUCAGUUGAUCAAAGAGCUACCUGAACUUCUACAAAGAAAUAGAGAAAUCCUAGAUGAGUCACUAAGACUGUUGGAUGAAGAAGAAACAACUGACAAUGAUUUAAGAGCAAAAUUCAAGGAACGCUGGCAAAGGACGCCAUCCAAUGAACUCUAUAAGCCUUUAAGAGUAGAGGGAAGCAACUUCAGAACUGUUUUGGAUAAAGCUAUGCAAGCAGAUGGACAGGUGAAAGAGCGUUACCAGGCUCACCGGGACACCAUUGCACUUCUGUGUAAGCCAGAGCUGGAGCUGAAUGCUGCCAUCCCUUCUGCUAACCCAGCGAAGACCAUGCAGGGCAGCGAGGUUGUAAAUGUCUUAAAAUCCUUACUGACAAAUCUUGAUGAAGUAAAGAAGGAAAGAGAGGGGCUGGAGAAUGACCUGAAAUCAGUGAAUUUUGACAUGACCAGCAAAUUUUUGACUGCUCUGGCUCAAGAUGGUGUGAUAAAUGAAGAAGCUAUUUCUGUUACUGAACUGGAUCGAAUCUAUGGGGGUCUUACAGCUAAAGUCCAAGAAUCGCUAAAGAAACAAGAAGGACUUCUUAAAAAUAUUCAGGUCUCACACCAGGAAUUUUCAAAAAUGAAACAGUCUAACAAUGAAGCUAAUUUAAGAGAAGAAGUUUUGAAGAAUUUAGCUGUUGCGUAUGACAACUUUGUUGAACUUGUAGCUAAUUUGAAGGAGGGCACAAAGUUUUACAAUGAGCUGACUGAAAUACUCAUCAGGUUCCAGAACAAGUGCAGUGAUAUAGUGUUUGCACGGAAGACAGAGAGGGAUGAACUCUUAAAGGACUUGCAACAAAGCAUUGCCAGAGAACCUAGUGCUCCUUCAAUUCCUACACCUGCGUAUCAGUCCUCUCCAGCAGGGGGACACACGCCAACGCCUCCAACUCCAGCGCCAAGAACCAUGCCGCCUACUAAGCCCCAGCCCCCAGCCCGGCCUCCACCUCCUGUGCUUCCAACAAAUCGAACUCCUCCUGCUACUGCUCCAGCUCCAGCUCCAGCGAGCACUGGGACCACUGCACCAGCUCCAUCACAAACUCCUGGUUCAGCUCCGCCUCUGCAGGCCCAGGGACCCCCAUACCCCACCUAUCCAGGGUAUCCCGGGUAUUGCCAAAUGCCCAUGCCCAUGGGCUAUAAUCCUUACGCAUACGGCCAGUAUAAUAUGCCAUAUCCGCCAGUGUAUCACCAGAGCCCUGGACAGGCUCCAUACCCAGGACCCCAGCAGCCUUCAUACCCCUUCCCUCAGCCCCCACAGCAGCCUUACUAUCCACAGCAGUAGUGUGUCAGCUCAGAAGCUCAGCUGGUUCAGCUCAGAGGGGAAGAAAUACCAACCCUGCAAUAAGUGUACUAAACCCUACGCUCUGGUUAAUAUAACAUACUCUGAUGUACUGAAUGCAGUGUGUAGUUUCUGUCUGUGGCUAGAAGCUGUGCCCCAGUUCCACAUUUGAUUGCACAUGGGCCGUUUGCUGCUGUUGCAGUAUAAAGACUAAGUGUAAUAGGAUUUGAAAUAAAUUACAUUACAGUUCAUAAAAGUUGAAAAUGAGAAAUUAAACCCACAAGUGAAACGUUUGAAAUUAUUAUACUUAGUUCUACAUAAGACAUGAUUGGAACAUCGGAGGCUUACAAUGAUGGUUUCAGUACUGAUAUUCAAGAAAACUAAGUUAUCUUUCUCUUUUGGUUUAUUGAUUUGGUUUAAUUUUCAUUAUGCUAUUUUGCAUAAUCAAAACAUUGUAAAUCUUAUAAUUUAAAAAUAAAUUCCUUAAGAACA